AGAAAGUCUGCCAUGAUCUAGAUCUAGAGUAGGUCACUAAGUGUGUAACAGUAAACAAUCAUUACUGUGCACUUUUUUUGUGUGUUAACCUCUGAUCCAUAUAGGCUUAUAGAAUAGAUCUAGAUCUACUGUUACCAGAUUAUCCUCAGCUGCUGGUCUAUGCAGUGUGAAUUCAAAGCCAUAUUUAAAUAAAACAGCCAAUUUAGUUACACUUGGGUUUGUUAAAGAAUUAAAUCACAAUGUUUUGUAUGAUUUUAGCCAUGCUGGAAACUCUGAGAGGCUAUGUCACUGAACACCCUUACCUAGCUGGUGUUGGGGCAGUUACUGUUCUGGUUGUGUUGCACAAAGUUGUCAAGGCGAGGAGAAAUCGUGAGUCAAAGAACUACCCACCCAAUACUGUGAUACUGUUUCAAUGGCAAAGAGGACCUUACGCUCCAUCAGUAUCGCCAUUUCCUCUCAAACUGGAGACCUACUUGAGGAUGUCCAAAAUCCCUUAUCAGAAUGAUUACUCUGGAAAGUUUUCUAAGAAGGGGAAAACUCCAUUUAUCAUCUACAAUGGUGAGAACAUUCCGGAUUCCCAAUUCUGCAUUGAGUACUUGAACAAGAAACUGAAUAUUGACAACAACAAAUAUCUGAACCAGACAGACAGAGCUGUGGCAACAGCUUUUCAAGCUAUGAUAGAUGAACAUUUGUACUGGACUAUGGUCGUUUUUCGCUGGGUUUACAAUAAAGAACAAGAAAUUAUCAAAAACUAUGUGAUUAGAUCUCCCUUGCUGCGCAUUUAUUUAAAUCGUCUUGUCUACAAACAGACUUAUGACCAGGGUAUUGGUAGACACAGUCCAGAGGAGGUCAAACACAUUAUGUUGACUGAUUUGCAAGCAUUGUCUGAUUACCUAGGAGAUAAGCCAUUUUUAAUGGGAGAUAAUCCUUGUGAUGUGGACUGUUCAGCCUUUGGAUUAUUGGCACAGAUUUUAUGGCAUGCUCCAGAACACAACAAUCUCAUACCAAAUUCAUUCCCAUCUCUACAUCGCUACUGCCUUCGGAUGAAAGAAAAAUUUUGGCCUGACUGGGAUGACUGCAUUACUCAUGGAGGAACUAGAAAAAGUAUUGCUUAAAGGUUCCAGCCAUCCCAAGAAAGUUUAACAGAUUUUAACAAAGUUCUGUGUGAAUUAGUUUUUGGUCAGACAUGUCAAACUAUGUUAUAGUAUUACAACUUAUAACAAAGUCUAACGUAAGAAAUUUCAAACAUGCAUCAAUAUUUGUAAAAUACACAAGUUAAAUUUGUUAAAUGUAUACUUUUAUUCCUAAUGUAGAAGUUUAUAUUAAAUCAAACAUGUAAUUGUAAAUUAGCAGCUUAUGAUCAACAAAACAGCUGUAUUGGAGAGUAUUUUUAUGUAAUACUGUUCACUGUUUUCUUUAGUUCAUUAUAAUAUUAUUGUUAUUAUUACAUUGAUAUUUCUAGCUGCAUAAUAAAAAAGAUGUGUGAGUUCUAUGUGGCAAUAAUUUUCCUAGGUAAUUUUGUAAUCUUUAGUACUUUUUAUACUUAGUUUGUAUCAUAUAUCAAAUAUAUUUUAUACAAGAUUGUAUAUUGUUUUUUUUUUAAUGACUUGAAACACAAAUUAUUUUACUUUGUAAGCUAGAUUUUUGUGUUCAUUUUCUCAGGGUAAAUCAAUUUUUGUGACCUACUAGUUUUAUUGUGCCCUAUUACUUAUUAGUAUGUAUUACCUGUUGACUAGAAUCUUAUGACAAUAUCAUCCAUCCUUUUUUUUUUUAUGGCAUUAUACAAAAUGGACGUUAUUUUUCUUUCCUAGCCUUAUAUUUGUUGUUGAAGCAAAUUACUAGUAAGGCUGUAUUAAUUUGAUUGACAAAAUGCUAAACACAUUUUUUUUUUUUUAAUACAGGGAGAAACAUUAAGAUUUCCGGCCAUUUUCUCUGUUGUAAUGUUCAUUAAAAUCAAAUAUUUUUUAUUAGUCACAUCCUAUUAAAGUUCUUAUUAGUUUUAUUAUUUCAAGAACUGUUUCGUGUCUUACACUUUGCGUUGACUCUAGUUAAUUGUUGAUCUUUUAACCUAUAGAAUUAUAUGUCACAUUGUAAAGUCCUCAUGGAUUUAGUUGUUUAGUCCUAUUGAGUUUUGUGUGAUUUAGUCAUGCUAUUGUAGUACAGUAAUGCAUUAUCCACAGGCUAUGUUCACUAUUUUCAUUAUUUGUUUAUAAUUUAAUUUUAGCGAUCUCCUUAAAUUAUUAGUUGGAGUACAAAGCAUUAGCAGUAAGAAUAAUAUACAAAGUCAAGAAAUGGCAAUUACACCCUUCAGCUCUGCCUUCUCCCUUUAUGUAGUAUCAUCAGAAAAAUGAUGUCACCUGAUCCAUCUUGGUGGAUUAUAUACUUAAAUGGUGGGUUGAUAGAUAAGCUCUGUUUUCUUCUCUUCUUAAAAAUUGUGUACAAUUCAUUACUGCUAAGAAUUCAAACCUGAAAUCCCAUCAUGUUUACAUGGCUUUUUUUUUUGUCUACAAUUUUUCUGAAACUUGGCUAGUUAUUUUUUUACACAGAUUUCCUUUAAUUAGCCUUUAGUGUCAGUCUUCUCUGUACAGGAUGAUAGUUGUGCUGACAAUCAGGUAUAAUUUUUUUGCUAUUUUUUUGUGUUUACGUCAGAAAAGCUGUGUUUUAUUUUUAUCAGUACAUUUCUUAUUUCUUUUCAAGUGCCUUCUAAUUCAAUAAAUGAAUUUUUAAAAACUAUUUACAUUACUCUAUAGCUUUUACAUUCCAAUGCAUCUAUAGUUGACAGCAUCAGUUUUAUUGAUGGUUCUAGCUUCAUUGCAUUAUUCCUACGGUAAUGGUACUUAAUUUUCCCUGUAAUGAUUUGUUACCAGAAAAAAAAACUAAACGAAGCUUUACUUUACUUUAUGUAUCUGUCUGACUAGGCUUGUAGAGUUUCAGAUGUUUCUUUAAAUGAAGGUUGGUUUGCCUUUUCCCAAAAUCUAUGCAGGUUAUAGGGGUGGUGGCUGGCAGGGUUCAAACCUAAGAGCAUCGUAACAAUAUAUGACCAGGUAACCAUCCAGGACUGCAUUUUAACUUUAUGUUAUGAGCUAUAAAGAUACUUUUUAUCCAAUUUUACUUUCUUAUUUAACUUAUUGCAAUAAUUAUCACUAGAAGAAGUAUUUCACUAUUUUACAAGCACCUUUAUAUUUAAACAUUUUUAUAAAAAUAUAUUUUGUGAUUUUUUAAAAUACAUUUUUGUUUCAUACUUCCAUUUUCACAAUCAAUAAAACACAAAUAUUAGUUUUCCAAA